AUGCUGGUAUUCACGCUCGCGAAUGGGCCGCCGUUCACACAGGAAUGUACUUCAUCAAUCUCAUUGUCAACAACCGUGAAGACGAUCCAAAAAUACGUGGCUACCUGGAAAACCUUGUUAUCUACAUCUUCCCCGUUCUCAAUCCAGAUGGCUACGAGUACACGAGAACUGAUAAGACCAACCCGAGAGCCCGAAUGUGGCGCAAGUCCAGGUCAGCAAAAGCGUGCGCCUUCGACGGCAUAUCCAACGCUUGUUGUCAAGGUGUCGAUCUGA